UCAUUGAAAUCUCUGGAUCAAUGUCACGAGUUUCAUCUUUUAUCUUUAUUUUCUUCUGUCUUUUUAGUUUCAUAGUUUGUUCUCAUGCUAUAAACAAAGGUUUUAGUAUUGAACUUAUUCACCGUGAUUCUUAUAAAUCACCACUCUACAAUCCUACACAAACUAAAUCCCAACAAAUUAUCAAUGCUAUACACCGCUCUAUCAGCCGUUCCAAUUCUAUCGACUCACAAUUUUCUCUCACUAAAAACAAACAUGAGUCAUCUUUAACCUAUGAAAGUGGUGAGUAUAUUAUGAGUUAUUACAUUGGCACCCCACCGUUUAAGGUCUAUGGUCUUUUUGAUUCAGGAAGUAACCUAAUAUGGCUUCAAUGUAAACCUUGUAACACAUGUUACAAUCAAACAUCUCCUAUUUUUAAUCCUUCAAAAUCCUUAAGUUACCAAAAUAUUCCAUGUUCUUCGAGUAGAUGUAAAUCUACUGAAAUAGAAGUUUCUUGUUCUAAUGAUAGAGAUGCUUGCAAAUAUACAUUAGAUUAUGGUGCUAGUGCAAAGACCCAAGGAGAUCUUAUUUUGGAGACAAUUACUCUAGUGUCCACUUCCGGAUCUAUUAUCUCAUUUCCUAAAAUUAUGAUAGGAUGUGGACAUAAUAACUCUCUAUUUUAUAGCGGGAAAGCUUCAGGUGUAAUUGGCCUUGGAAUUGGGCCUUUGUCACUUAUAAAACAAUUAGGAUCUGUCAUUGAUGAAAGAUUCUCAUAUUGUUUAAUUGAUGAUAGAAAUGUUAAUUUAUCUAGCAAGCUCAACUUUGGAGAUGCAGCUAUUGUCUCUGGUAAAAAUGUUGUUUCAACUCCUAUGGUCAAAAUGUCAGGAAAUAACCAAGUAGAUUAUUACUAUCUAAAUUUGAAAGCAAUUAGCGUGGGAAGAAAAAGAAUAAGUUAUAGUGGGUUUAAGAAUAAAGGAAUAAAUGCUUCUACACAUAACAUCCUACUUGACUCUGGUGCAACGAUAACUUUUGUUCCACGUCAUUUUUAUCAUAGGUUAGAAUCAGCCAUUAAAAAAAUGGUUAAACUAGAGCGCUUUCAUGAUAAUACUGGUGAAUAUAACCUUUGUUAUAAUACUAAAUCCAAAAAAUCCACAUCCAAACCAAAAUUUCCUAUUAUUAUUGCACAUUUUAGUGGGGGAGAUGUCAAAUUAGAUUCUAAGGGCUCCUUUCAUUCUUUAUCUGAAGGGAUUGAAUGCUUCGCUUUUUUCCCACAUAAACGUGAUUUAGGAGUCUUCGGAAAUAAUGCACAAGUGAAUCAUUUAGUUGGUUAUGACCUAAAAAAGAACAUUGUCUCGUUCAAACCUACUGAUUGUUCUAAAUAUUGAA